AUGAACACAACACGGCAAUCCUCCAUGAAGAAAUCCCAGCCUGCUCAAAUUGAAAUGUUGCAGGAGGAAUCAGAUGAUGAGUCAGAUGGUGAUUGGUCAAAAUCUGAGGGGGGUGAUGAUUCCCUUAGUAAAUCUGACGAUGAGAUCCUUCAAUCUGAUGAAGAGGUUGAACUGAAUGAUGAUGUCCUCUAUGAUGGUGGACCAUUGGAAGUGGAUGAAUCGAACAAUAUGGAGCAGUCCAAUGAUGAGGAUGAUCCUGUUGUGGUGAAGUCGAUUGGGUUUGGAGAAUUGGUUCAUUUUGUGAAUGAUCUAUGCAUUAAUUAUCACAUGGUACCAAUUUCAAUGUCGAAGGCAAACAAAGCUUCAGUGAAAACUGCCAUGGUUGCUUGGGGCUGGCAUGAGGAUGAAAGAGAUGGAGAGGGUUGGAAGGACUAUGUUAAGAACUAUCAGACCUGGGUCCCAGCGAUUCAUAAGAAUCUGUUUGAGAAUUACCUGUCAAGCUUUGUGGAACUCCUUACAGCCACAAAUGCGAAAGGAGAUUCCAAAAUCUAUGGACCCAACAAAGCCUUUCCUCGAGCCAAUCUGAAUGAAUUAAUCCAGGACUACCUUGAAGACGAAAUGCAGGCAGGCAGGGUUGAUUCCGCCCAGUGGAGAGCUAUCCUUGAAUUUAUUCAAGGGGAGGAAGCAUGCUGCUUAGUGGAGGUAGAGUAG